ACUAGUGGGGAUAGGAUGAUUAUAAAAUUCUUAUGACGUGCACAUACAUUGACACCAGUCAAUCACACAACCCGCGACCCUCAAAACAUUAGGGCGAAACAAGCCCAAUUACUAUAAGCGGACUUCACGAAAAACAUUUCUUUUGAGAAAGGUAGGCGGAGCAUGGCCGGGAAUCAGGUUUCGUCAGGGGUGACGAGGGGAUACGCGGCUCAAGGGAUAGAUGCGGCAAGUGAAGAAACAGCUUUCCAAGCUCCAAUUACACCGUUAAUCGGGGAGAAAUAAGAAUGGCGAGUAAGAAAGUCAGGAUUAGUGGAGAAAUCCUUCCCUCUCUUCGUUGUAAACACAACUCAACAGCAUGAUUACUUACUGUAUGUGUUGUUUUGUAAGCGGAAAGGAGAACAGCUUCACUUUUUCUGAAGUUUUGUUGUGAAGCAUGGCGCCAGAGUUCGGAGAGAGCGGAGAGGUGAAAAGUUACAAACUUAAGAAAAGAAGGAAAAAGCAGAGCAAGAAAGACAUUAAAACCAGGACGGUGCAUUCCAAUCUGCUGUACAGCUGUGCCAAAGGAGACGAGAACCCCAACAGACAUUAUGCACACAAUAACAUUAAAACCACCAAAUAUACCCUGCUGUCUUUUCUGCCGAAGAACCUAUUCGAGCAGUUCCACAGGUUUGCGAACGUCUAUUUUGUUUUUAUCGCUUUGCUCAAUUUUGUGCCCAUUGUCAAUGCAUUUCAACCGGAGCUGGCGCUGGCGCCCGUGGUUUUUAUUCUCUCUGUUACGGCUCUCAAGGAUCUUUGGGAGGAUUACAGAAGACACAGAUCAGAUAAAGAAAUUAAUCACAUGGAUUGCCUCGUUUACUGCAGGAAUGAAAGGAAAUUCCUGGAGAAGUACUGGAAGGAAAUCCAGGUUGGGGAUUUCAUUCGUCUUCGAUGCAAUGAGAUCAUUCCUGCAGACGUGCUUCUCCUGUCCUCCAGUGACCCUGACGGUCUGUGUCACAUCGAAACAGCCACGCUGGACGGGGAGACCAAUCUCAAACAGAGGCAGGUGGUGAGGAGCUUCUCAGAGCUGGACUGUGUGUUUGACCCCACGCAGUAUAAGGCAGUAAUCGAAUGUGAGAAGCCCAACAAUGACCUGAACAGGUUCCGGGGUUACAUGAUACAGCGAAGUGGAAGGAGAGACGGGCUUCACAAGGAGAACCUGUUACUGCGAGGAUGCACGAUAAGAAACACGGAGGAGGCCGUAGGAAUCGUCAUUUACGCAGGUCAUGAAACCAAAGCCAUGUUGAAUAACAACGGACCUCGUUACAAACGCAGCAAGCUGGAGAGACAGAUGAAUGUACAUGUGUUUUGGUGUGUCAUCAUACUUGUGGUCAUGUGCCUCUUUGCUGCCAUUGGGCACGGACUGUGGGUGUGGCAGUAUGGAGAGCACCGCCCACUUUUUGAUGUUCCGAGUCCAGAAGGACCUGCCUUAUCACCAGCGUUAUCUGCAGUAUACCUCUUCUUAACCAUGAUCAUCAUCUUUCAGGUAUUGAUUCCCAUCUCUCUCUACGUCUCUAUUGAAAUUGUAAAAAUCUGCCAGGUGUACUUUAUUCAUCAAGACUUGGAUCUGUACGACGAGGAGACAGACUCCCACCUGCAGUGCCGGGCACUGAACAUCACUGAGGACCUGGGACAGAUGCAGUACAUCUUCUCUGACAAGACCGGCACCCUCACAGAGAACAAGAUGGUCUUCCGAAGGUGCACCGUGAUGGGAGAGGAGUACUCCCACGAUGCAAAUGCGAGAAGGUUAGCCACGUACCAAGAGGCUGACUCUGAAGAGGAGGAGUGCACCUCCAAAGCGGGGACCCUGCCCAGACGGGACAGCGUGACAAGCCAUCAGAGUGUCAAGGUUAUGCACCGCUCACAGAGCACCAAGUCCCACCGGAGGACAGGCAGCAGGGCUGAGGCAAAGAGGGCCAGCAUCCUCUCCAAGCACACUGCGUUCAGCAGCCCAAUGGAGAAGGACAUCACCCCUGACCCGAAACUCUUUGACAAGGUUAAUGAAUGUGCCAGCCAGUUAUACUUGAUGAGAAGCCAGGGGCAGCCUAUGAACCACCUGGCCUCGGAACUGUCCGACGUUAUCGAUUUCUUCAUCGCCUUAACAAUUUGCAAUACAGUCGUGGUCUCUUCACCCAAUCAGCCAAGACACAAGGUCCGUGUCAGGUUGGAGCUGAAGUCUCCGGUGAAGACCAUCGAAGACUUUAUCCGCCGCUUCACUCCCAGCCGCUUGACUGGGUCCAACAGCAGCAGCUCCUCCAGUCUGGUAACCAACAGAUCGACGCACAAGACGUGCUCCAGCCUCCUCUCUUCUCCCUCCGCAGAGAGCACUCUGAUGGGACUGGAGGAGGAGCUGGGCCCCGCGCCCCGGAGAGAGGCCGGUCCGGCCAGCCCGCCGGGGGGAGACGGGGAGCUGCGCUACGAGGCAGAGUCCCCGGACGAAGCGGCUCUUGUCUACGCAGCCAGAGCCUACAACUGCGCGCUGGUGGGGAGGCUGCCUGAGCAGGUGACUGUGGAGCUGCCACACCUGGGCAAGCUGACCUUUGAACUCCUGCACACCCUGGGCUUCGACGCGACCAGGAAGAGGAUGUCGGUGGUGGUGAGGCACCCGCUGACAGGCGAGAUCGUCGUUUACACCAAAGGAGCCGAUUCCGCCAUCAUGGAUCUCACCAGGCACGGCUCCACAGAUGAGAAUAGAGGCAAACACCAAAGAAAGAUCCUGAAUAAAACCCAGAAUUACCUAAACCUCUAUGCUGCUGACGGCCUUCGGACUCUAUGUAUUGCCAAAAGGGUAUUAAGUAAAGAAGAAUAUGCAUGUUGGUUAAAAAGUCAUCUGGAAGCAGAAUCUGCUAUUCAGAGUCGAGAGCAGUUGCUUUUUGAGUCGGCUCUGCGAUUGGAAAAGAAUCUGCAUCUUUUAGGUGCCACUGGUAUUGAAGACCGCCUGCAGGACGGCGUUCCUGAAGCCAUUGCUGCUCUCCGCAAGGCUGGAUUACAGGUCUGGGUUCUCACGGGGGACAAACAAGAAACCGCAAUCAACAUUGCCUACUCCUGCAAACUACUGGACCACGAGGAAGAGAUCAUCACUCUGAACGCUGAAACACCGGAAGCUUGUGCUGUUCUUCUGGAUGAGAGUAUACACUACAUUCAAUCCAAGUUUGUCAACAACACACUCAACCCUGCUGCUGAAGACUUUGAGGUUGAUUUCACCCCGUUCCAAAUCCCUUCCUCCUCCUCGGUUCACCGUCUGGGUCUGGUUAUUGAUGGCAGAACCUUGGCAUACGCUCUGGAUAAAAGGCUGGAAGACAAAUUCCUUGCUGUGGCCAGAAGCUGCAGAUCAGUGCUGUGCUGUCGAUCCACCCCUUUACAGAAAAGCAUGGUGGUGAAACUGGUUCGGAACAAGCUCAAAGUAAUGACCUUGGCAAUAGGUGAUGGAGCUAAUGAUGUCAGCAUGAUCCAGAUCGCUGAUGUGGGAGUGGGAAUCUCUGGACAGGAAGGCAUGCAGGCUGUCAUGGCCAGUGACUUUGCAGUCCCACGGUUCCAGUAUUUGGAGAAACUCCUCCUGGUUCAUGGACACUGGUGCUACUCUCGACUUGCCAAUAUGAUCCUCUAUUUCUUCUACAAAAAUGCAAUGUUCGUAGCCAUUCUGUUCUGGUUCCAGUUUUACUGUGGGUUCUCGGGAUCGGCCAUGAUGGAUCAGUGGUACCUUAUUUUCUUUAACCUGAUGUUCUCUUCCUUUCCUCAACUCGUUACCGGGAUCCUGGACAGGGACGUCUCCUCGGAGACCCUGUUAGCUCUGCCUGAGCUCUACAGAAACGGUCAAGACUCUGAGGAAUAUAAGCCACACAUGUUCUGGAUGAAUAUGAUAGAUGCCUUCUACCAAAGCCUCGUCUGCUUUUUCAUUCCUUACUUUGCCUAUGCUGACUCCGAUGUGGAUUUGUUUACAUGGGGAACUCCGGUCACCACCUUGGCUCUUUUCACUAUCCUGAUGCAUUUAGGCAUUGAAACCAAGACAUGGACCUGGCUUAAUUGGGCCUCCAUUGUGUUCAGCCUCGCCCUGUUCUUCACAGUGGCGCUGUGCUACAACGCUUCCUGCCCUACAUGUUACCCUCCAUCCAAUCCCUACUGGACCAUGCAGAGGCUCAUGGGAGACCCCAUGUUCUACCUGCUUUGUGCUCUCACCCCCGUCGUUGCUCUGCUUCCCAGAUACUUACACCGAGUGUUUCAGGGAACACUCUUCCCAACCCAGGUCCAACAAGGACGACAGCUGGAUGAACUUCCUUCGCUCAAACGAAGCAACAUUCUUCGUCAACGGAGUACAACAGUAGAUUCGCCAUUUGGUCCCAGACCCUCUUUCCACCUAUUUCCUGAGCCUUUCCCAAUGGAUUACGGAUACAGAGCAACCGAAUCCCACUCCCGCCAGCUCCGUGAAGCCUCCAGAGAUUGCAACCAGCCAGGGAAUGGCUCAGCCGCUCAAGGAGAUGGACAGGACAGAGAGAGAGAGGCAAGCACGAGCAGAAGUGACCCUCCUGGAGAAUCACAGGAAGAGGAUCCCUUUCCAAUACCAAAGAGCCAUCGGGCUUCAGAUGCCAACACGCUGCCGUAUUCAGAAGCUCUGCGAGCCGCUGUGGACUCGGAGUCCUCCUUCUGUGAAGACGGCUACAGACUGGAUCCCAUCGGGGACUCAGAGUCCUCCUUCUGUGAAGACGGCUUCAGACUGGACCCCAUCGGGGACUUGAAUUUACUGAACUGGAUAACAUCCGCUGCAUUGUUUAAUCAACCUGGGAGUGCAGUGCAGGCCGAGUCCUUGCAAAGCAUGUUACAGACUGCGGAGAAGGAGGAUGGGAGCCCUUCACCCACCAGCACACGCCCACACUCGGAUCUGGAAGUUGUACAAAACCAGCAGCUUGUGAACCCGGUCAGCAGUGAAGUGAAGGCAGCUGUUCCAGACUGUUUACAAGAGGGAGCUCUCGAAACAACAUUGUUAUGAGAUAGUAUUUUAAUACAGAGUAUUUAUAUGAUUCAAUUUGCACAGCAGUUGUACAAUACUAUUCCAUCAUCAACAUUUCCAGAGUGUUUUAGGUCCUGUAAAUCGCUACAAUCUAUAGUUAUAGUAUUUAAUUACUAGCAAUAUUUUUUUUUAGGUUUAAAAUCUAAAAGCUUUCCUGUUUCUCUGUUUUUGAGAGCAUAUGAUUGAGGUACGUUUUUUGUUUUUGUUGAAUCUUUAAUGUCAUCCGAAAGUUUACAAGAAGUUUUCAUCUCAUGACCAAACACAAACGUAUUAAUCAGCACUUCAGAUAUUACAAAAGUUACACCAAAUAUUGUUUCAGUACUUCGAAAUGAUCAGAACUAAAAAAAAAUACCUCUUAAAGUACUGUUUUUAUGGAUCACUGCAGAGAAAGGAAACGUGUUACUGGGUAUUUUAAGAAGAGCCCUUGCUCACUGUCAUUGCAAUUUGUGGUUGAUAUAAAGUACAAAAAGGGUUAACGGAUCUCGGAGUUAAACUUCUUGAAGAACAGCUGGAAGUACAUUCACAACUGAGACACUAAGUACCACUGGAUGCACACAGAAGUGUAAUAGUUAAGAAGCAGUGUGCAGGGCUCGGCCAUUACGUUUGGGGCUCUGCAUAGUGUUCGAUGCAGCUGCCAUUGUAAUCAGGCUUCUUAGUUUAUACCUGUUAUGCACCUCUGCAGCCCUCCUCUUCCUCGCUGCACAUAGAUCAGUCAGGAGUUGUCUCCUGAAAUGGGACAUGUCACGUGAUUCAGCGCCUUUGCAUUGCCUCUCGAUGCACACACUUUAUCCCAGGGUCACAUGUCGUAUGAUUCCUAGUUUUCAAGCGUAUUAGUAUCAGUGUACCUAUAAAAGUCUAAAGCAUCGGAAUUGCCUUAUUCAUGGUAAAUCAAGCAAGUCAUGUAUAACCAAACCUCAUAUUAUUGCAAAUAACCCCUCUCUGAAGUUACUCUAGUGUUUGCUGCAUUCAUUGCUAUGUUCAAACUGUACAUGUAUUUGCUGUAGUUCUACCAGCUUCUAUAGUCUGGUAGUGCUGUUACUGCAUAUAGUCCUGCAAAUGACAGGAAGUGCAAGCAAAGAACUACAGCCCAGCCAUGAGGUAUGGUCGAUUCCCAUGACCUCAUUUCUACUUGAGAGUGUCAGUCUCGUUAUGAGACGGAACAGAUAUAGCAACUAAACCGUGGGCCUCCCUUCAAAACAAAUACCUAAGUAAACAGUCUAUUGCUGAGUAAGCUAUGAGUAGUCAUGCAGAUUGUAUCAAAGCCAUUUUAAUGUCCCUGCCAUACCCUUCAAGUGUGCUUCUGCUUCACACAGAGGAGGUCACGUCUCCACGGUGAUCUUCUCUGUAGAAAUGCAUCACUGAAUGGAGUCGACAGCCCUCCUGGAGGAGGUCACGUCUCCACGGUGAUCUUCUCUAUAGAAAUACAUCACUGAAUGGAGUUGACAGCCCUCCUGGAGGAGGUCACGUCUCCACGGUGAUCUUCUCUGUAGAAAUGCAUCACUGAAUGGAGUUGACAGCCCUCCUGGAGGAGGUCACGUCUCCACGGUGAUCUUCUCUAUAGAAAUGCUUCACUGAAUGGAGUCGACAGCCCUCCUGGAGGAGGUCACGUCUCCACGGUGAUCUUCUCUAGAAAUGUUUUACUGAAUGGAGUCGACAGCCCUCCUGGAGGAGGUCACGUCUCCACGGUGAUCUUCUCUAUAGAAAUGCAUCACUGAAUGGAGUCGACAGCCCUCCUGGAGGAGGUCACGUCUCCACGGUGAUCUUCUCUAGAAAUGUUUCACUGAAUGGAGUCGACAGCCCUCCUGGAGGAGGACACGUCUCCACGGUGAUCUUCUCUAUAGAAAUGCAUCACUGAAUGGAGUCGACAGCCCUCCUGGAGGUCACGUCUCCACGGUGAUCUUCUCUAGAAAUGUUUCACUGAAUGGAGUCGACAGCCCUCCUGGAGGAGGUCACGUCUCCACGGUGAUCUUCUCUAUAGAAAUGCUUCACUGAAUGGAGUCGACAGCCCUCCUGUGUUUGAGCCUCUGAAUCCCCAGCACAGCUUUAUAUUUAUACUGUGUCUCAAACACACAUGAGCAUGGCACUGUGUUUAAACUGUCUGCAGGAUUGAUAACAGCAGUGUUGAAGUAGGUUAAUAAAGGAAAAAAGUCACGCAAAUAAACUAUAUAUUUACAUACAACAGAGCAAAUAGACAACGCACUAAAUGAAUUGAGUGGAUACAGACCUUUGUUUGAACGUUUAUGGAAUCGUAAACGUAACUUCAUACUCCCAGUACACCGUUCUCUGAUCAGCAUUCUACUUCAUACCCCCCGUACACCGUGCUCUGAUCAGCAUUCUACUUCAUACCCCCGUACACCGUGCUCUGAUCAGCAUUCUACUUCAUACCCCCCGUACACCGUGCCAUACUCUGAACAGCAUUCUACUUCAUACCCCCGUACACCGUGCUCUGAUCAGCAUUCUAUUUCGUACCCCCCGUACACCGUGCCAUACUCUGAACAGCAUUCUACUUCAUACCCCCGUACACCGUGCUAUACUCUGGUCACCAUUCUACUUCAUACCCCCGUACACCGUGCCAUACUCUGAACAGCAUUCUACUUCAUACCCCCCGUACACCGUGCCAUACUCUGAACAGCAUUCUACUUCAUACCCCCCGUACACCGUGCCAUACUCUGAUCAGCAUUCUACUUCAUACCCCCUGUACACCGUGCCAUACCCUGAACAGCAUUCCAUCUGAUUUGCAAAACUUAGAAAAUACUAAAGAGCACAGUGAUGCUGCAGUCUUCAGAUAUACAGGUGUGAUUGAUCUAUGAAAUUCCUUCAGCAGAUUCUGGAUUCAUGGGGUUAAGGUCUGUUUAAUGAGUCUAGUUCCCUCAUUGAGUCUAUAUUCUUUAGAUUGUGAAGAAAUACAGUGUGGAUACAUUUAGACUAGAUGUAAAGUAUCCAUGCUGAAAAUGUAAAACUGAAAAGCUGCUGACAAUUGUCUGUCUGUCUGUCUGUCUGUCUCUUGUGUGUAAUUCUCCAUUAGAAAAGAAUAAACCUCUCUGUCUGUGAGAUCAUGCUCAACUAGAAACUCCACAAUGAAAUCUAGUGAUACCAAAACAUGAAAGUGAAUGCACUGCCAGUAAACCUUUCCUGUGAGCUGUUGAGUAUACAUGGAGAUACAAAAGAAUAAUCAUUACAAACAAGGUUCUUGAGUGCAACAGUGCAAGCCUUUGUAAAAAUAAUAAUAAUAAAUAAAUAAGAAUCAACUCCAGAUACUGACCACUUCUGAAAACAACUUCCAGCACCAAAGUGUGCAUGGUCUUAACUGGAAUCUGCACCCAAGAGAUCACACUUGAAACUGGGAAGCAGCUGAAUUAUUAUUUUUUUAUUUUUUUUUAGGGGGGUGAAAGGUACAAGAAUAAAUACUUGAGUCAGUUUUGUCUUUGCUGAGCACGACAAACAAUCCAAUCACAACUCUGCAGAAGUGCAUUUAAAAGGGUAGCAGUGAUGCCACACAUGGCGCAUUCUGCAGCUGCAGUGUUUGGCCUUCAAUAUUUAAAAAUGAAAUCUGUGUGUUUCUCCGCAGUGCAUUUCAAACUCCACUGGUUUAGCAAAAAGCCUUUUUUUUUUUUAAUUGUAUUUGUAUUUUUUUCUAAAUGUGCCUGAGUUCAUUGUUAUUGUUUAAUGUUGGAAGCAUUUGAUGCUGGAUCUACUAGUUGUGUUUGGGUACAGAAACCUGGGUGUGUCAUGUAGUUUAAUACUUUCAAACUAUGGGACCGAUAACUCUGUCUGUGUCGAUUUCAGUAUUCUCUGAUUUUCUACAUCAGGAAUUCUAGGACCUGUUCAGAAUGUAGUAUAUGCAUUUAUAAUGUAAUAAAGAAUAUCUAGUUUUAUUUAUAUACAGUAUGUAUGUAUGUAUAUGUAUAUAUAAUGUAUGCAGACAUGUGUUUAAUUGUAAAGACUGUUCGGUAACGCUUUAUAUUGCGUUGCAUAAAUCCAUAUCUAAUAGAUAUGCAAUUGCAUAUUAAAUUAAUGUUAAAUUCAUAUUUAAUAAAUAUGCAAUUGCAUGUUAAAUUCAUAUCUAAUAGAUAUGCAAUUGCAUAUUAAAUUCAUGUUAAAUUCAUAUCUAAUAGAUAUGCAAUUGCAUAUUAAAUUCAUGUUAAAUUCAUAUCUGAUAGAUAUGCAAUUGCAUAUUAAUGUUAAAUUCAUAUCCAAUAUAUAUGCAAUAGCUGGUUUCUUGCUAAAUGUUAACUAAAUGUCGAUUGAAAAUGUAAUUGCAUAUCACGUCCAUUUUAUAUUACAUUUCGUUACCCUUUAAAAUAUGUAAGAAUUUCCCAUUGUUUACAUGUUUUUAAUUGAAAAUACAGUUACUCUGACUUAAUUGUUAAUGGAAAGUAACAAGGAAUAAUUGAACGUAAAUGUAACAUCAAUUGCAUAUCUAUUUAAUAUUAAUUUAACAUUAAUGUAAUAUGAAAUUGCAUAUCUAUUAAAUAUUAAUUUAUGCCACGCAUUAUAAAGCGUUCCUGACUAUUCUGCUAAAGCCUUGUUGUGUUAAGGAAGAUACAUUAUAAAACGUUUAUUUUACACAUAUACUGUAUUUGUCAAUAUAUCUGCAUAUGUAUUUACAGAACUAUAUCAUGUGCCUUAACACUGGAUGUAGAAUUAAAAAGAUUCAGACACA